AUGGUUGUGCAGGUUCUCUUUUCAGAUGCCAGAGUGGCGCUUCAUUCGGCUCGCAUAGCCGCGAGACCCGUAGUGAAGCAUGAUGGUGUUUCGACGACGAUGAUUCUUCUUUUCAAACUCGGCCAAAUCCACACCAUGGUGGUUUGGCAUGAGAAAUCCCUGCAAACGCCACAACAAACCCCGUGGGCAGCCGAGGUGUUGGUUGAGAAAGCCACAUGA